AUGUCGUCAAUUGAACAGCCCAUCUCUGCUAAAGAUUUGCUCAGCUGGGACGAGAACCAGCUCGUCCGCUUCGUGAACGCUUCUCGAACCGGACUCAAUGGCACCGAGUUCGACAUCUCGAGAGUCACAGGCAUUCCAAGCCUCUCAGACACCCAAAGAGAAGAGCUCAGCGACAAGUUGAACUCUGCGAUAGGAAAAGCUGGUUUACUAGACGCCGACGAUCUCUUCAAGCGCCUCGCUGAACCCCGCGAAUUCAAACAGUCACGGUCACCGCAAUCACCUGCGAGAUCCCCAACCGCCAGCCCCCCGCCAACCCAAGGCAAUGCAGGCUACGAGGCUUUCUGUUAUAACGAGCUCCUCAGAACUGGCGGCAGGCCGGCAGUGUCGCUCGAACUUCUGACAUGCGGCUCGGGAGGCCUGCAGCAGGCAAUUGCGGCGUGGGUAGACGACAAGGGCUCCAGACUUGGAGAUGGCGACGUGCCGGAAAUAAUCUCGGCCCAGCUCGAGCAUUGGAACGUCUACCAGCAAAGAUGGCAGUGGGACAACCGUGGCAAGGCGGCGGGUGAGGCGGGCUUCCCCGCCUACCUAGCUUGGCAGAAGAAGACGCUUCUGCACAAGGGAGAAGUUGAUAUUGCUUUUGACCCUUCAUUUGACAGCACGAUGAAGCGUAUGUGGGACCAUGAACCGACCUCUCUGGAGGAGUCAGGCCGCGAGGGCUUCGCUGCCUAUGCGGAGGCUGUCAGGAAACGACUAGCGAUGCAUCAUUUCACACAACCAGUCCGGCUUUCCGAAGAUCCAUGCCAGCAAGACGACUGGACCACCUGGGUUGAAUAUCUCAGUUACGUCUAUUGGUGUCGGGACAGGCACGCGGCAGCCAUGAAACUCGCAGAUCCGCGAUAUCGCAAGGCGUGGAAAAAGCUGGAAAGUGUCAACUGGUCGCGGUCCUCUUCGGCUACGACAACCGAGACAGCCGCCCAACAAGAGCUCGAGAUGCUACGAGCAAAUAAUCACAGCAUCCUCCAAUUCCUCAAGGAGACACGGGCGUACCGACGGUCCGAGGCCGCUUGUUGUCGCGAAGAGCUUAGAGCACAGUGGGUCCUAGGACAGCUGUCCGUGAUAGAGAUGGAGACGAGUGUGUCCGAGACAACUAAAGAUGAGGCCAUUGAAGGCUCGAAGAAGAAGAAGAGAAAGCGUGAUGACAAUCAGGAUGAUGCCAGAAAGGACACGAUGGAGGAGAGAACACGCGAGGACGACUUGAGUGGCACCGAGCCUCAAGCUCAGCCGAAGCGAAGGAGGCAAAACGGCUGCAGUGAUACGGCCCCAAAACUACACCUAGCAACACAGAGUGGAGGUGGCGUUACGUCUGGCUCAGGAGUGGUGGAAUCGGCACCAGAAACCUUCAAACCCCGUCGAAGUCGGCGUCUUGGUUUAUAUGUCAAGGCACAGACUAUACCCCCGGAGCCAAAGAAUAGAAAGCAAAAGAAGCGAAAGUCGCCUGUAUCCAACGCGCCCCAGUCCAUCGGAACCCAACAAAGCACACGCGGCUCUGUUUUGACUUAG